GGAAAUUCACUGCAAAUCUAUACCUGCACUCAUCACUCGUGACCUGGAUUAAGUAAGGGAAUCAGCUUUACAAAGCAAGAAUUACACUGCAUUAAAUAGGAUCAUUGAGACCACCCCCUCAUCAGAUUCAGCACAGUAUUUGGGUCCUGACCGGCAGUUUUAAGAAUCCCUUCCUUAGUUAUUCCAGCCUGUAAGCUACACAAAGGGUUAAUGAGUCUCUUUCCUGUUCGUUAUCGUAUUCUCUGCAAUCUGCAACUCACAGUACAUGGAACAGCCGUUACGGCUCAAUACAUUUCUUGCUUUCUCUCCUUCUGCCUAGUAACAAUGAGCAAACUGCUCUCUCUUCAUUUUAUUGGACAGAAUUUUUCUCUCUCUCCAAUCCCUGCAAAAUACUUUAUCAUUUUAAAAAAAAUGAAAGUGAAACUACCACUCAGUUCAACGAGAACAAUGUAGGAAAUGGUGUGCUUUAUCGUUUUGCUAUUUAUUGUUUGUAUCCCAGCAGUAUAUUGUGAAAGUCACACUUUACAGUAUCAUAUCACUUUGGCAUCAGUGCCUAUCCCUGGUGUGCCUCAGUAUUCAAUUAUUGCGUAUGUGGAUAACAAGCAGUACGGAAGAUACAACAGUGAGGUAUGUGAGGCCGAGGCUUUGCUUCCAUCACUGGGGGCACUUACCGAGCACUUGAAGUUGCAGACCCAAUUUGCUAAGGGAUAUGUGUUGAAGCAAACACAGAAGCUGAAUUUUCUAAUUGAAUUUUUCAAUACAACAAAAGGUAACGGGGAUACCCAUAUCUACCAGAGGAAGGCUGCCUGUGAGCUGCAUGAUGAUGGCACCAUUGGGGGAUACCAGGAGAUUGCCUUUGAUGGGAAGGAGCUUUUAAUAUUUGAUAAGGAGAGAGCGGUAUAUGUGUCUGUAAGACAAGAGGCUGGAAUGCUGGAACAGCUAUGGAAUAAGGAAUAUAAUUCAAUGAAUAAUAAGCUGUUCAUGGAGAUUGACUGCAUUAAGCACAUAAAGAUGUAUCUCCCGUAUAUAUCCACUGACUUGGAGAAGAAAGUCCCAAGGGUGAAGAUUUCCAGCUCAGAGUCAAAUGGGAGAAUCAAACUGCACUGCCGGGUGUAUGGGUUCUACCCCCGAGAUGUGGAAGUGAAGUGGAUAAAGAAUGGGAGAGAUGAGAUUCACUCAGAGGAGGCAGCACAGAUCCUGCCAAACCCUGAUGGCACCUAUCAGAUCAGAGUCAGUGUGGGGGUAACACCAGACAAAAAUAGUAACUACUCCUGCCUUGUGGAUCAUAGCAGUUUGGAGACCCCCAUGAUUGUACACUUUGAAACCAAAAAUGGAAGCUGUUUAUAUAUCAUCAUUUCUGUCAGUGUGACGUUGCUCCUCCUCCUCCUGAUUAUCCUGGGAGUAUUUAUAUACAGAAAAAGAAUGACGGAAGACUCUCAUGGCAGCCAUGAACCUGUGAGUAUCGAUGGGGAGAGCUUGAACACUGAUGUGUGCCCCGAGGAGCAGGAAGAGCAGAUAUCUGAUAGCCCGCCGGAGGGAUUAGAGAACUUGGAUAAGAUAAUUCAACCCAAAAAUUUUAAAAGAAGGUGUUGUAUUUUGGAUUCAAGCUGUUUCAAUGGGUUCUAAAGCCCCCAUGAAGCUGACCCACUUAUUUUGUUCCAGAUGUGAACAAAUUCUGCUGCUCAAAAGCAAUUACAGAUGCAGGAGGAUUCACCAGAGAAUGCUGAUUAUGAGCACUACGGCAGCCAUCUUGUUAUCUUACAUGUAGACUUCAUUGUGUCCGGAGAGCUGGGGAAUUUUUCAGCAAUCGAUAUUGUUUAGAGCAGGGAUCCCCAAACUUUUAUUAACACACCCAGAUGUAAAAAGUGUUGGGGAGCUACACAUGCAACCCAAGUUAUUCGGGGAUGCCAAAUAAGGGCUGUGAUUGGCUAUUUGGUAGCCACAUGUGGACUGCUAGCCUGCUCUGUGUUUCCACUU